CCUCCCUCUCUCUCUGCCGCUCACUCCCUCUCUUUUUCCCCUUAUACUCUCCUCGCUUUUUAUCCUUCUCACUGGCAGUGCUGUUCACCUUCCUCUUUUCCUCAUGGCCAAAUGGGAAGGGAGCUGAGGGAGCGCAGGUAUACAGGAGCGCAGACAGGCAGCAGCCAGCCUGUCGGCAACAUCACACACAUUCCAUCGAUCAUGCAGUGCUCAGGUCAAUGGACUGAUUGUUUUAAUUCAAACAGGCCAUUUCAUUUUUAUUUUUCUAUUUAAAACUUUUUGUUCAUCACGCAGUGUGGACAUGUCAAAGCCCAUGCUGGACCGGUCAGCAGAAUGCCUUGAAAUAAAGAAGCAGCAGUAAAGCUAAGGACAUCCGUCGCUCUAAAUGUUGGAAUUAAUGCAAUGAAGAAAAUGGGGGACUUGGAAUACGGUUUUGAGGAAAUGCAGGGUGUAAAGCUUGGCUAUUUGGUUAUCAAAGGCAAACAAAUGUUUGCCCUUUCUCAAGUCUUCACCGACCUCUUGAAAAAUAUUCCGCGGACUACUGUACACAAACGAAUGGACCAUUUAAACGUGAAGAAGCAUCACUGUGAUUUGGAGGAACUGCGAAAGCUCAAAGCAAUAAAUUCUAUAGCUUUCCAUGCAGCUAAGUGCACUCUGAUUUCAAGAGAGGACGUUGAGGCACUGUAUUUUUCAUGUAAAACUGAGCGCGUAUUGAAAUCAAACAAAAGAAGGGAAAAGACAAAAAAUUCCUCAGAAAAAAUGUGCGACGGCAAAAAUCGCACCUCUACCAGAAGUGACUUUUGGAGAGAGAAAGUUUGGUUGAGUUUGCAUGGCGUUCCUCAGACUUUCUCAUUCAAAAAUAAAGCUGUUCGACAGGACCCUGUCCCUCGCACUCACUCAAAUCUACCUCAAAUUUACAGUAAAUCCUUCGGCCGUGACUUUCAACCGGUCACGAAGUCGGCAUCUACACCCUUUAAAAACUAUGAAACAGAUCAAAUACCUGACAACUGUGUGGCUUUUAAUCAGAAACAAACGCUUUUUCGGCACGUUGUGAAUCGGCAACCGCUGCUCUAUCAGUCCGCCAUUGCAGCGCAGGCAAAGCACCAAGGCAACGCAGACCUACUUUACAAAAGGAAGAGGAAGCGCGAGAGCAGCGCGAGGCAGUUUUGGUCGAGGAGCAGACGAAGCCAUCCGGUUUUGUUCGUCCCAAAGUGCUGUAAACCAAAAGUUCCCAACGGAUCUUUAAGCCAGUUUCACCACCUCGAGCAUGGAUUAUACGUCGAUCCUCGGCACACUGGACAUUUUCAGGAAAGCUGCAGCAGCGACACGGAAUCUAGCUCCGUCUCAGAACGGGUGAACAACGAUUCGGAUUUCGGCUCGAGUUUCUCUACCACCAGCAACUCCGGGACUUCAGAUGAGGAGGAGGAGGAUGACUCUCUCUCGGAUUCUUCAGAUGUCAGCAGCGAUGAAGAGAGCUCCUCUCAGUCUGAUUCGAGCUCUGUGUCCAGUCAGGUUUCAGUGCAGAGUAUUCGUUUCAGGCGUGCGAGGUUCUCAAGUCUCAACACAAAAGCACCUCUGCUCUUACAGCCAACUUUUCACUACAGGCCUAAUGUGCAGAACAUCACCACUAACCAAGGAGUAACGACUACUUUGGAUUGCGAACGAACUGGCAAAACUCAAAAAUCGGACUUCACAUCGUCCAGGGACGCACACGAGGAUGGUGAUGCCGCAAAAGUGCAGAAGUUCUGCCCGGUGCGGACCUGUUUCCCCGAUUUAAGACAAAACGAAGGCUCUGAAGCACCAUCACGCCUUGAAUUUCCAAACGAUCCAAAGACAACAGACUCUGUAGCUAACAGAAUUAAAGAGACUGGGCUUACACCUAAUGCAAAUGGAAACAAGGCGUUCCCCCAACAAAGAAUACCGGGUUCUGCAAACAAAUGCUCCCAAGCCUUGAUCUCCCACUGUGCUCCGGACAAAGAAAUAAGGGUUUGUAAGUCUUCUGACAGCAAUCUUUCAUUAGCAGCAAAUUCAAAGAGGGAAGCGAAAACUUCCCUGAAACUGCCUUCACCUCUAAAACCUAUCAAAACAGAGACCGAGGAGCCCGUUAGUACCUCGGGCUUUAACAAUGAGGGCAACAGGGCAGUAAAAACGCCACCAUUUUUACUCAACAACGUGAAGAUUAAAGUCGAGGACACCUUUGACGAAUAUGAAUAUGCAAAUCAGCCUCUGGAAUAUCAAUGUAAGGAUCACGAGGCUGAUGGUCAGCACAUCAGUAACGAUUUAAAGGAAACUGACCCCUGCAAAGCCUCCGAGAGCUCUGUUCAAAAACACCCUGCCUGUAACGAGGAAUCAAGAAGCACUUUAAACACCCCUUGUUCCGAGGAAGGGGAGUCCAUGAAUGGUGCAAGGGUCAGGAAAAACUACAGGGCGAUGCUUUUGGGUACAAAAACCGAAAGUGUGAGGACAUCCGCGAAAUCAUUUGCAAAAGUUGACCGGAGCCCCCGUUUUGCAGGAAAAUUCGCUAGCAGUGAGGGGUCGAAUGAAGACUGUGCGAGCGCGAGCAAACGCAAACGAGCGAGCGCCAAUGUAGCAUCUCUGAAAAAGCCCUUCAGAUUCAUGGCGAAUUUUCCCUCUCCGCCGUCUCUCGUUAUUGGCAGCGAUGGAGAUUUGAGUCCCGCUUACUCUUUGAACUCUUUAAGAAGUAACCAACUGCCUCAUCGUUCUCACCCAGUGUGGAGAUGGCAGCUCGGUCAUUCAGUUGUUCCUCCCCCUCCAAGCCAGAAAUUCAGGAAAGCCUCGGUUAUCCCGUGAACUGUUGUUUUGAGCUCGGGGGAAAUGUCUUAAAACUGUGACAAGCACUGAUUCCCGUUAGUUGUUUUGUUUUCAUUGUUGUGUUGUUUUCAAUGCAUACGUUUUUGGUCUGUUGUUAUGUAGCACACACCAUCCUCGUAUAGCACAGGCUGGUCUGGGACUCGGGAAUUAUGCGGAGGUAUUUAUAAUAAGCUGGUCUAGUAAAAAAAACAACAACAGUUGUUUUCAAAAUGACAUUAUUGACAUCGUGGAGCUGUUUUUGACCUGAUGGACUAGACUCUCACGGAGCAAAUGUUAGCUCAUUUUGCAGGCAGGGACAGGGUUAAACAUCUCUCAAAAGGAUGGCGUUAUAGUGAUUGUCAGGUCUGUGUCAACUAAAAUGGUGAUUUUGUUUUUAGAACAACUAACUUUGUCGGUAUAUUUUGGGCCAAUGUUUUGUAUUUUCCCUUGAUGAUUCAUCCACAUACUGUAUUUUUUAAUUACUGUAGGCCGUUGAUUCAUACCUUUCUUAUUUAUUCAUUUUAUGGGUGCUCCCCAAUUGUUGGCGCUUGGCUGUGUUCACUCACACGCAGCGCACCAUAACUCUCACGGUAGGCCCAACACAAUGGCCCUCUAACUGACAAUCAAGAGCUGUUUGAUUUGCACGAUGUAAUAGAGGGGAAAACACCAAAUCAAACUCCUUCUUUAGCACAUUCAUAGCUUAAGGUAUAGAAUAGCUAAAGCACAAAUUUACCAUGCAUUGCACUUUGCUAAUGCCCAUUAAGGUGAAUUAGUGACGUGUGUUUUUAUUUUUCGAUUUCCUUACGCAAAAGAGCCAUCGCAGGUUAACCCAAAAAAACCUUUUUAAAAUCAGUCAUUAUUGAUGUGGUGCUAUUUCCAAUAUGCUCGUUUGCUUUUGAGAGGAGGUUUUGCUAGUCGUUCUUAUUGUAAAUGUUGCCGAUUUAAACGGAGCGACCUACAGACAUACAGACAACUGCAAACAACAGUGUUUUUACAUACGUGACGAAAUCAAAGAAAAAAAAGACCUCGGUGCUUAGUGGAAUAUACACACAUUCUGGUCAGGGUAUAUACUUAGUAAAUGUUUAUUUCUCUUUGACUCAAGUAGCCUUGUCCUUUUCGUAUGGUGUUUUGAUUGUAUUUUCUUUUGCUAGGCCUAUUUUCCAAGGAUAUGGAUUACAUUGGCACUCGAAAACGUAACCUUAAAAACAUGCAAGUGUUAACUUGGUGUUCCAAUAGAGUACCCUGCCCCAUAUAAAUGCCUUGUGAUGAAUGUACUGUGACGUACCAUAUCUGUUUACUUCAGCAAAAGCAGAAUGCCUCCAAAUCGGGCCUUUAAAAGCAAAUUGUAUCUGUGAUUGGAUCAGCCAAUGAGCUAAAUUCAUACUUUUUUGAUUAUGUUGCCAAGGGACGAAAAUAUUCAACUGCAUUCUAAUUUCCUAAACAAAACAUACAACGCCGGUGAGUUAUCACUAAAUGGGCAUAGACUAUGCAGAUUUGGCUAAAGCGAGGCUACCGGGUUCACGUCAUUCUGAGAAAACACGUAAUAGACUUUAAAGGGUAUUUAACGUAUUAAGGCAUAGGCCCAUUACGUGUACUGUUUUGAUUAACGUGUACAAGUGGGGAUAUUAAGUGAAACAUGCAUCGCUUUGUGAAUGUUCCAGUAUGCGAUAUAGUGUGACACUCUGACAGGUGAAUGAUUAAAAUAUAGUAGUUCUAUAUUUUUGUAACGCGACUAUUUAAUGUCUGCUCUCUCUCGAGCGUAUAAAAGGAACUUUUUGUUCCGUUCUGUGUCAAAGUGCACUGCGGACGGACAGAAUAGCUAUGUCGUCCCAACUUCAGAGGAAUGGAUUCAAAACUAGCCAAAUUAAACAGAAUGUAGCGCACACAUCACAACCCCAUAAAGAAAUUCAUGAUCUCCACAAUGAACAGAAAUGGAAAAAUGGGCGGUGACUCACUGUAAACAUGGUAGGUUAGGAAUUAUCUGGUCAAGGUGGACUUUGUUUUUGUUUUUUUAAUCUUUCUGCUUUUGCUACAAUACUUGAGGUCAGAUUUUGACAUGAGUUUUUUCUUAAAUUGAAGUCACUGGUUGUUUAUAAAAAUGCAUAUUUAUUUUUGUGAUUUUCCUGGUUUUUGUAUACCCUUGUGUAGGAUAAAUGCACUCGAAAUGAAAACUUGAAAACGUGAGGUGGAUUUUGAAGCACUUUCUUUUUCUUUUUUUAUGGUGAAACUG